AAAACCUAGGGAACAGUGAUUUGCAGAGAAAAGAAAGUGAAAGGAAAGGCACGGGCCAGUUGGGUGGGGCUGGGGCCCCAUGAGUGGAGGAGUGGAGCUGGGGAGGACUACACCCUGCUCCCCUGGGCCCAGAUGCCGGAAGCCUGACACCCCACACUCGAAGAACUUGCUCAGGAACUGGUGGCUGUACCACUGUGUACAGAGCCUAGGAGAUCCGGAGGCCUAGAGCGUGAGGUCCGCCUCAACUGGGCAGCAUGUCCGGCUGGCUGGUGUUCGUGCUUAGAGGAAUGUGGUGGACACCUGCUUGGGCUAAGAGCCUGUCUUCAGUGAAAGGCCCAUCUCUGUUUCCCAUAUUAUGUGACUUUGGUCGUAGCCUUGUAUGAAAAAGAGAAGCCACUGAGAAAGUUGCCAGCACCAUUUCUGGUGGCUCUGGAUCCUCUCAUAUGAAGAUCUUGAAGAAGAAGCAUCACCUGAUUGAAACGAUAAAUUAUAAAGGGACAGUGUCCCUGUGAGGUAACAUAGCCCCAGGUCAUCUGUUAAGGAGUUAGAGGUAUCAUUCAGAUCUGUGGCCACUGAACUCAAGGAAGAACAAAGAUCAAUAUAAUCAAGACCUGGAAUGAGGAUAUUUCUGAAAACUUCUGCCAUAUCAUUUCUAAAUAUCAAGUCACCAAAUUGAAUGUGAAGUCAAUGCUAUGGGAAGACAUAAAAAAAACAGCAGAGAAUGAUGGGAUUUGGACUGAGUGUGAUAUAUUCAAGGAGAAGAUCAUGAUAACAGUCAAAAGACCAAGUCAGCGGGAAAAAUUGUCUUCCAGACGGAAAUGUGAUAGCCUCAGCCCAAACCACAGAAGGCCUAAACCUCAUAUUAAUGGCUGGAAAUGUUAUUAAUUUCCAGGCCCAUGUGAUUGUCAACACUGUUUCCCAGACACUUCAACUUGGAAAUGGACCACUCUCCCGGGCUAUUUUGCAGAAAGCUGGUCCAAAGCUCCAGGAAGAGUUGUAUGCUGUCAAGCAGGGAGCAGUGGAAAAAAUAGGUAGCAUAUUCAUAACAAGUGGCUGUAAACUGAACUGCCAAGCUGUCUUCCAUGUCGUGGCACCAAAGUGGGAUAAUGCAGCAGGGCGCUCUCAGCAGAUCAUGGCAAAUAUAAUCAAGAAAUGUUUGGCAACUGUAGAAGAGUUAUCUUUUUCAUCCAUCGUAUUUCCCAUGAUUGGAACAGGAAAUUUGAGAUUUCCCAAAGCUAUUUUUGCUAACCUAAUCCUUUCGGAAUUGUUCGAAUUUAGUAGCAGAAGCUGGCGGAAAGCCUUACAAAAAGUUUACUUGCUGGUACAUCUAGGUGAUGAUGAAAUCCAACAGGCAUUUUUAGAUGAAUUCACUAAAGGGUUAUAUGGAAAUCCCAACAAGGACAGGAUUCUCACAACUGAAGGUAACCAAGGGGCCUUCAGCCCUAUCUCUAGCCCUGGAAUCAUUUCAUAUGGAAUGAAAAUCGGUGCAGUUACUUUCCAGAUUGCUACUGGAGAUAUUAGCAAAGAAAAGGCAGAUGUGAUUGUAAACUCAACAACAAGAACAUUUAAUCUGAAAUCAGGGGUGUCAAAAGCAAUUUUAGAAGGUGCCGGACCAGCUGUGGAAAAUGAAUGUGUUGUACUAGCUGCACAGCCUCACAGAGAUUUUAUAGUUACACAAGGUGGAAACUUGAUGUGCAAGAUAAUAAUCCAUGUUCUUGGGGAAAAUGAUGUCAGGAAAACGGUCUCCACUGUUCUAGAAGAGUGUGAGCAGAGGAAGUACACUUCUGUUUCCCUUCCGGCCAUCGGAACAGGAAAUGCUGGAAAAAACCCAGCCACAGUUGCUGAUGAUAUGAUCAGUGCUGUUAUAGACUUCGCACAGAAACAUCCCAUCCCAUCAUUACGGAGAGUUAAAGUCGUCCUCUUUCUAUUUGAAUUGCUACAUGUAUUCUAUGACAACAUGAAAAAGAGAGAGAAGUCCUCAUCACCUGUCCUUCAGUCCACACGCUUCGGGACUGCAUGUAAUCUUCCUGAACACUGGGCUGAAAUGAAUCAGCAGCUAUCCUGUGUGAUUGAGCUACUCCCCGGACAGUCAGAAUAUGACACCGUAAAGGACAAGUUCUCUGAGACUUGUCCUUCCUAUGAAAUAGAGAAGAUUGAAAGGAUACAGAAUGUAUGUAUCUGGCAGAGCUACCAGAUAAAGAAAAACCACAUGGACAUGAAGAAUGGCCAUACAGAUAAUGAGAGAAUCCUGUUCCAUGGGACAGAUGCAGACUCAGUGCCAUAUGUCAAUGAGCAUGGCUUUAAUCGCAGUUAUGCUGGGAAGAAUGGAGCAGCUUAUGGACAAGGAACCUAUUUUGCUGUUAAUGCCAAAUAUUCUGCUAAUGAUAAAUACUCCACACCAGACAGCAAUGGGAGAAAGCAUGUUUAUGUUGUACGAGUGCUUACAGGAGUCUACACAUGCGGACAUGCAAGAUUAGUUACCCCUCCGUCAAAGAAUCCUCACAAUCCCACAGAUCUCUUUGACUCUGUCACAGAUGAUACACAACAUCCAAGUCUAUUUGUGGUAUUCUCUGAUAAUCAAGCUUACCCAGAAUAUCUCAUAACUUUUAGGUGUUAAAAAAUAGGUUUUCUUUAACCUCUAAGAGAUUGUUUAGUUGUCUAUUUAUAAGAACAAAUUUAUAGAAUUUUUGUCUUUGCCUUUGGCUUGUUUAUGUAGAUAAAAAUGUCUCUGUUAGAUGCUAAAAUGCUGAAAACAGCCUUUCAAGAACGCUCUAUUGCAAUUUGUAGCAUACCUCUUUUCUGAGCAUACUGAUGGGUGGAAGCUAAGAAAUGUGGGUGACAUAAUUAUAGCUACAACUAUUUACAGACACCAAAUGUGUCAAAGAACAAAGAGCACAUUACUUUUGUCUAGCAGAGAAGAAAUAAGACGAAUCUCUUUAAAGCCAAGAUGUCAUUGCUCUAAUAGAGCAUGUUAAGACAUUAAACUGUGCUGGGCUCAACUGUACUGUUAAAUGAAUAGGCUGCUAAUGUGUAUCUGUAAGACCUAAGAAUUUUGCCCCCCUGAAAAAAUACUUAGUAGCUAUAGUUCAGCUAGAAUGACUGAAUGACUGAAUCAAAUCUGUUAUGGAGUAAAUCAGGUAAAAAUGUGUUGUACCACUAUCUGAUGCUACAUGACAAUUUACUACAAAAUUUAAGGGCUUAGUGGGUAAGGAAUUCAGGUGUGGCUUAGCUGGGUCAUUCUGACUUAGGGUUUCUCCUAAAGUUGAAUAAAGAUGUCAGCAGGGGAUGCAGUGUUCUGCAGUGGCUUGAUUAGAGCUGGAAGGUCUGCUUCCAAGAUAAAUCACUCAGAUAGCUACAGAGUUUUUGCUGGUUGACAGAAGUCCUCAGUUUUCCUCCCCAUAGUCGUCUCCAGGCUGCUUACAUUGCUCAUGAUGUAGUAUUCCACAGCCAGCAAUUCAGGAGAGAGGCUGAAGCCAUGAUGUCUUUUAUGACCUAGCUUCUGAGUCAUACUCCACCUUUUCCACAGCAUCCUAUUGGUUCCACAGAUCAGCUCUUCCAGUGUAAACAGGAGUUACACAGGACCUGGACACCAGUGGACAGAGAUUGUCGGGGACCAUCUUAGAAGCUGUAUAGAUGAGUGAAGGACUGAUACAUUGAUGAAAUGUUAGCAGUGAAAAGGACUCUAGAGGGACGCCUGGGUGGCUCAGUUGGUUGGACGACUGCCUUCGGCUCAGGGCGUGAUCCUGGAGUCCCG